AUGUCUUCCACGCCGAAGAGCCCAGCGCAUACGCCAAAAAUGCAGUCGCAUGACCUAGACCCCGACACAAGGCGCAGUGUCUUCUGGGUGGGCAACGUUCAUUGCGCCUCAUGCGUGGCCUAUGUUACCGAGAUUCUUUCUGAAAUCCCAACCGUUAGGGAUAUCGACGUGUCAAUCCUGACCCACGAAGUGCGAGUCACUCAUGGGAUCUCUAUACAACCAGCAGACCUUGUCGAUACAUUGAUUCAUGCCGCUUUCGAAGUACACCAUGUAUCCACAUAUGAUGGUAGAGGGGCAGUCAUCUCCGAGCUCGACACAUCAACUUGGAACUCUCGCGGUAGCAUGCUACUCGCCACGCCCCGGACCUCAUAUUCCAGUCUCUCCUCCAAUAUCAAAGAAAAAUUGCACACAAGCAGAGAAAAGCGCCAUAUUGCCAAUUGUGAUGCAUGCAAGAAAGAGGAAAUCGAUGGACUCUCUAGACAUUCCACUUUGGCAGAGACUGGCAUCCAACACGAGAAAAUCACAUCGAAUGAGGCAUGGGAGAUCGAUCUUGAAGCUGGUCAUCGACGGCCUGAAAAUGUCUUGCGGUCAUCACCUGCUCUCAGUGGGACUCUAGCAGGCCAUAAAUACCCCCAAAUUCCUCCCCAAAUACCCGAAACCUCUGAAACGCCUCCACAAAGUCCACAUGGUGACGAAUUUUGUGCGCGAAUUAGUAUUGGAGGCAUGAGCUGCGCGUCAUGUGUCAAUAGCAUCACCGCGGCAAUUGAAGAACUUGAGUGUGUCAAACAAGUCACGGUCAAUCUUCUCACAAACAGUGCGGCAGUGGUGUUUGCUGGCCCUCGAGAGAACAUCGCAAUGAUCACGGGACAAAUAGAUGAUAUUGGAUUCGAAGCGUUUCCUGAUGAAGUAGAUAAAUUAAGUAUUCCCUUCAGUUCCGAAACACUCCCAACGGGAUUCGUCAGUGAUAUCGCAAUAACUGGUAUGACAUGUGGAUCCUGUGUUGGAUCCGUCACUCGGGGGUUAGAAGAGCUCCCCUUUGUCAAAGACGUCUCUGUGAACUUGUUGUCCCACAGUGGCAGAGUGGAGUUCGAAGAACGAGAACAACUGGACGACAUUGUGGAGAAAAUCGAGGAUCUUGGGUAUGAUGCCGUUGUCAUCAGUGUUCAUUCUCUAGCUGAGAGCAGCACGAAUGUAACUGCCAUGCAGGCGAGAACAACAUCCAUUCUUGUUGAUGGGAUGUUUUGCCAUCAUUGCCCAGAGAAGAUUCUCUCGUCCCUGGAGUCUCUUUCAAAUGUUACAGUGGAAGAGGCCCCCUCGGAGAAAAAUCCAAUACUCAAAGUGACAUAUAUCCCACAGCCACCUUCUUUGACUAUUCGGACAAUCAUUGCUACAAUUAAUGAAGCCAGCAGUGCUUUCAGUGCGAGUGUAUUCCACCCGCCAAGCAUCGAAGAACGCUCCCGUGCCAUGCAAUUACAUGAACGAAGCAAGCUAUUAUUACGUCUACUAUUUGUUUUCGCUGUGGCUAUACCGACUUUCUUGGUUGGUAUUGUAUUCAUGUCCCUCGUGCCCUCGGAAAACCCGAUUCGACACUAUUUGGAGCAGAAAAUCUGGUCUGGGAGCGUGACGCGCACAGAAUGGGCCCUUUUUAUUAUGUCGACACCUGUUAUGUUCUAUGGCACCGAUGUGUUCCACAUCCGAGCUAUGAAGGAAAUUCAUGCUUUGUGGCGCCCUGGAAGUCGAGUGCCAAUUUUGCGGAGGUUCUACCGCUUUGGUAGUAUGAAUCUCUUGAUUUCCGCAGGAACUGCAGUCGCCUACUUCUCCUCACUAGCGGUCCUCAUCGUUGAUGCCACAGUUGGGAAGAAAACAAGUGAGGCGAGCACGACUUAUUUUGACUCGGUAGUCUUCCUGACACUUUUCAUUCUUGCUGGGCGAUUUUUGGAGGCAUACAGCAAAGCUAAAACCGGAGAUGCAGUCUCAUCAUUGGGCAAACUUCGGCCCUCCGAGGCAUUGUUAGUACAUGAUAUCAAUGUUGAUUCUGUCGAUGCCGAUCGCAUGACCCGCAUCGGUGUUGAUCUUCUGGAAGUGGGCGAUAUUGUUCGCAUUCCACAUGGUGCCUCUCCCCCGGCCGAUGGUAUAGUUGUUGGCGAAGGAGCUUAUCAAUUCGACGAAAGCUCCUUGACUGGAGAGUCGCGCCCCGUCAAAAAACAAGUCGGCGACCAAGUUUUCACCGGCUCUGUAAAUGCUGGCCAACCUGUUCAAAUUAAAGUUACUGAGCUCGGCGGGUCAUCUAUGCUCGAUCAAAUCAUCGCUGUUGUACGCGAGGGCCAGAGCAAGCGUGCGCCACUUGAGAGAGUAGCAGAUUCCAUCACAUCUCACUUCGUGCCCGCAAUCACCUUGAUCGCUAUUCUAACUUUCGUCAUCUGGCUCGCUCUAGGCCACUCGGGAGCAUUGCCAGACGAUUAUUUGGAUAAUGCACAGGGAGGAUGGACUUUCUGGAGUCUUGAAUUUGCCAUUGCUGUCUUUGUGGUCGCUUGCCCCUGUGGACUGGCCCUAGCUGCGCCUACUGCCUUGUUUGUUGGUGGUGGUCUUGCAGCCAAACAUGGAAUUUUGGUCAAGGGUGGUGGUGAAGCAUUUCAAGAAGCCAGCCGCCUCAAUGCAAUCAUCUUUGACAAGACCGGUACUUUGACUGAGGGAGGAAGCUUGAAGGUCUCAGACCAUGAAGUAUUGAUCAACGAUGAUGAAGAUCUUCAAAAAGUUGCAUGGGCUCUUGCUCGCAAAAUGGAGGAGAGCAGCAACCACCCCAUCGCCCAAGCAAUUUCUGGUUUCUGUGAAUCAAAGCCCAAUGUCAAUAUUAUUACAUCUGACAUUCACGAAAUCAGCGGCCAAGGAAUGAAGGGAACCUUCACUGUGUCUGUCAACCAGACAGAGCACCAAUACGAAGCUGCCAUUGGCAACGAGCGACUCCUCAAUAGCGUCCUGCCUGACGGGGCUGACUCCUACUUUGUUUCAAAUUUGCUGUCUCGAUUCCAAACAGCAGGAAAGUCAACAGCUAUACUCUCACUGCGCCUUACCAAUCCCCAACCCUCCACACAAUCACCGUUUGUUCCCGCGGUCGUUUUUGCAACCUCCGAUACCAUCCGACCCGAGGCCAUGGGCGUGAUCUCCGAGCUCCAAAAGCGCCAUGUUGACGUCUAUAUGUGCACAGGAGACAACCAAACAACCGCGCACGCCGUCGCAGAUAUGUUAGGUAUCUCGCGAUCAAACGUCAUGGCCAACGUUCUCCCAGCAGAGAAAGCCAGUUUCGUCUCCAAGGUACAAGAUGGCUCAGUCAAGGGUCCGCACGAUCAGUCCACCGCGCGGCCCAUAGUUGCAUUUGUCGGUGAUGGCGUCAAUGAUUCUCCCGCACUCGCCACUGCAGAUGUGAGUAUAGCUAUGGCAUCCGGAUCGGACGUCGCGAUCAACUCUGCUAGUUUCAUUUUGCUCAAUUCGGACCUGAGCACCAUACUCCAGCUUGUACUUCUCAGUCGGCGGGUCUUCAUGCGUGUCAGAGUCAAUUUUUGUUGGGCUCUAGUCUAUAAUGUCUGUCUAAUUCCUGUGGCUGCUGGAGUCUUUUAUCCUAUUGUUAAUGGCCACCACCAGAAGACUAUCGGUGGUGAGCUGGUUACUGUCGCCGAUCACUGGAGACUUAGCCCGGUGUGGGCUGCUCUGGCAAUGGCGCUGAGCAGCAUCUCGGUCGUCUCGAGUAGUUUGGCGCUGAGAAUAGACAUGGAGAGUGUUAAGAAGUUUAUUGGGUUGAAGAAGUGA